AUGGGAAAGGGCACCCUUUUUACCAGCGGCUGGUUUCUUUUGCGGAAGAUAACCUGCAGAGUGAGCAGAGUAAGAGGUUUCCAUGGAGUAUGCGAUGGCUCAUCAUCAAAUGGGAGGAAAGCUUCGCUGUCACUGAUAGAAGACCUGGAGAUGGGCAAUAAUGUUCCGAAAGAGCGAGAUAGUAGGUCUAUAUGCAUUUACAAGGUUCCGAACGCCAUGCGCCAGAUGAAGAGUAAGGCGUACGAGCCCAACAUUGUCUCCAUUGGUCCUUAUCACCAUGGAGUAGCAAGCUUGCAAGAAAUGGAAAAGGUUAAACGAAUAUAUUUUCGGCGCCUCUUUAAACCAAACACCGAUGAUGAUAGCGUGCUUUCGGUGAAGGAGAAGGCGGAGAUGAUGCAAUUACUAGAUGAUGCGAAGAAGGCAAUGCAGGAAUUGGAGGAGAAAGCGCGGAGCUGCUACUCAGAAGAAUCCGAGCUAAGUAGCGAGGAAUUUGUGAAGAUGAUGCUAAUGGAUGGCUGUUUCAUCAUAGGCUUUCUAAGAGAUGCCUCGCAGCAGGGCUUUGAGCAUACACCUUCCACCGUUGAAAGGUGGAUGUUGCCAACCAUCCGACAGGAUUUGAUCAAACUUGAAAAUCAGCUCCCGCUGUUUGUUCUUCGCAGAUUAUACGAUAAGCUGAUCAUCACAAAAACCUCUAGUAGUGCUUCAGAUCAUCAGCAACCCAGAUCUUCAGACUUGGAAGCGCUUUCGAUUCGCUUCUUCAAGCCACUACUACAAGGACGUGUAGAUCCUGAUAAACCUUUACAACAUUUUGUACCAAAACAUGAGGGACAAGGCAAGCACUUUCUUGAUCUUUUCCACCAUAAUAUUUGUCCUGAACAUAAUGAAAAAGAAGUCGAUACUCUCCCACGCACAGAUGUAAAAGACAAUCUAAAGCCACAAGAGAAGCAAACCUUUUGGCGCAAACAUCUAAAGCCACAAAGGAAGCUGCCCCUUUCGCGCAAAGAUCUAGAGCGACAACGGAAGCAGAUCCUUUGGAACAAAGAUCUCAAGCCACAAGGGAAGCAGACCCAGCUAAUCCUCUCCAUACGGGAGCUGAAAGAGGCUGGAGUUAAGUUCAAGAGUAACAAGAAACCUUGUCGGCCACUAGAUAUCAGUUUCAGCCGUGGAACCUUCGACAUUAGGAGGAGGGUACUUACAAUCCCUGCAAUACAUAUUAAUGAUCGUAGAGCCACUUUGUUCCGCAACAUGCUUGCAUUUGAGAAAUGCCACCGGUAUUGCCAGCACCAAGAUGUUACAACAUAUUUGUUUUUUCUUGACGGCCUCAUCAACUCCGCCAAGGAUGUCGGGCUUCUGCACUACCACGGCAUCCUCUUCCACUCUCUAGGCAGCAACAGAAGAGUGGCUAAACUUGUCAACAACCUUUGCAAGGAAGUCGGUUCGGACAUGUCCCAGUCCUACUUAUACGAGGUGGUUCGCGAUGUCGAUGCUUACUAUAAUAGUAGAUAUGCAAAAGUAAGAGCCUUCCUGGUGCACCACCAUUUUAGUAGCUGGUUAGUUGGCAUCUCAACCCUUGGUGCAUGCUUAGCUCUUUACCUCGCCGUCGUUCAGACCGUCUGUACAGUUGCCACUGCGAAAAAAGAAUUGGGAAGCGACUUCAGUUUAGGAUCCUUUCUCAUAGAUUCUUUACUUCCUAAACAUGUAUCUGGGGGAACAGAUUCUAAGCCUUCUUAG